CAUUUAUCGAUCGACGAUAUUUUAGGAGAGAGAGGUUAUGUUUAAGUGUGAAAUGUGUAUAAUGUUUUGAUCGAACUAACCCAGCAACGGAGGAUUAUUUCUUGAUUAAUAAGUCUUUCCAACACAAAUAAAAAUGUUGUAUGAUGACUUUAAGCCGAUCGUGGAUCUCGUUCUCAACAAUUGGACGGCAUUACAGUUAGCCGUAGAACAUGGAAUGGGUGCGCCUGGCGGGGAAAAGACAGCACAACUCAUGUCAGUAUAUGUAGCGAGAUUUUGUGUGGAAAAUAUUGUGGAUGCAGAUGAAUUAACUGAAGUACUAGAGGAUUUGAUGGAUGAAGAAUUUGAAACUGUAUGCCAUGAUAACUCUCCAAGAGAGGUUGCAACAUUACUGCUAACUUUCCUCACUUUAUUGAAGGAUGGUCACCAUGAAGAACUAAGAAACAGAAUUGAAGCCUUGCCAAAAUGUCAGAAAUGGUUGAGCACGCCUAUUCAUGAAUCUGUACCACCACAGUGCCAUGGCAACCCUGACGAUGAUACAACCAGCAGUAGUGGUGAGGAUGAGCCAGAAAAUGCAACAAAUAAUGGAACUGGAUCUCAACAACAAAACUCAGAGCCUGAACCUAUGGAAGAAGAUGUCGACCCAGGAUGGACUGUUGUUCGAACGAGAAGGAAAAAAUGAAUUUAUAGAUUUAAGAAAGAAUAUUAUUAUUUUAUCUCUAAUGGAGUUCACGUAGCAUUUACACUGUAGAUGUUAUUCCGUUUUAGUGUAUUUUUAUUUAUUUUAUAAUAAAUGCACUUAUUGUUA